GAGCUCAAGCGAACAUUCCCAGCUCGUUCCAGGAGCUUUCCCUCCCAUUCUCUUCUCCUCUAUAUCACCCCGCAACCAUGCCUCUCCUCCAUUGUUUCCUCCACCGAUGGCUCCUUCCACGAGUCUCCUCUCCUGGUCCUCCUCCGACGACGACGACGGCGCCGGCGCCGGCGGCGAGCUGUCCCGCCCUCGCAGGCGGUGGCGGGCGCUUGUCCUGGGGCUCGGGGUGAGGAGGAAGAGGAGCAUGGAGGGGGUGUUCGGGUUCAGGGAGAUGAUGGGGGAGGAGUUCAUGGGCAUGUUCCUCCCCUUCUUUGGCAAGAUGGUUCAGAAAGUGGUUUCAGAAGAAGUAGAGAAAGCAAUUUUCAGACAAGUCAGCACACCAGCGCCUCCAAGACUGCUAGCAGGAUUGAAUCAGCAGCGUCCAAGGUAUCAACUCGUGUUCCUGAAUGAACUAAAGCCUGUUUACACACUGAUGAAAUUAGAAGCCAAGGAUGGACCGGGUCUUAAGGUGGCUAUAGUCGAAAGACUCGAAAACAAUCAGAUGCGCAUCGUCAGGUUCGGUCAUCUUGCUUCUGCUAAGGUUGAAGUUGUAGUCCUCCACGGCAACUUUAAUGCUAAAAAUGAGGAACAAUGGACCCCUGAAGACUUCAGCAAGCAGAUAGUAUGCGGGCGAGAGAAAAGCGCACAACUUCUCACCGGAAAUCUGACACUGAAGCUCAAUGGAGGGGAAGCAUUACUUGAGAAUGCAACCUUCACUGAUAACUCUAGCUUCACUAGCACUAAGAAGUUCAGGCUGGGUUUGAGGCUAGCCAACAAUUCUGAAGAUAGGGUUCUUGAAGGAAUCACUGAACCUUUUCGUGUAAAGGAGCGUAGGGUGGAGGGAUUUGAAAAGCACUACCCGCCAAUGUUGGAUGACGAAGUUUGGCGUUUGGAAAAGAUCGGCCGCAAUGGAGCUCACCACCAGGCCUUGACAAACAGUGGAGUUGAUACUGUACAGAAGUUCUUACAAUCAUAUUUUACGGACGAAAAGAAGCUUUUUCAGACUUUUAGCAAGAUGUCACAGGCAGCUUGGAAAACCAUCAUAAGCCAUGCCAUGACAUGUGAAGUCGGUGACGAUCUUUGCUUGUAUGAAGUGAAGGGCAACAACGUGGGACUUUUCUUCGAUGCAAUAUAUCAGCUUGUUGGGGUGAAGUUUGGUGAUUCUUACAAGCCCAUAAAUGAGCUCGACGAAAUAGAGCAGAGUGCAGUUGAAACAAUGAAGCAAUUGGCUUAUGCGAAUAUAAGUGGUAUUCAGUAUGACCAUAAGAUGGUCAACAACUAUCCUGUACCGCUUCAUAGGUUCCAUUGUGGGGGAACUUCUAUGUUGACUGACUUUAUUCCUAAACAGCAGAUCCCAACUUGUGGUCAAUACAAUUCAGCCCUGGCUGGUCAACCAUUUGAAUCAACGGAGAACUUUUCUUCAUUCCAAGAAGCCUCUAAUCAGGCUUCAGUGGAUAUGUCAAGAUUUGUGCAGGGUCAAACCUCCAACGUGCAGUUUAGCCAACAGUUGGGCAUGGGCAAUUUUAUCCCACAUCAUUCAAAUCAAGGAACAUUCAUACCCAGACCAAGAAUCACUCCUCUGUGUAUACCUAAUACCGAAAAAACAUAUUUUAAUCCAAACGCUCAUAGCAGCAUCCAGGCUGAUCAUGCUGCCACACGAAUUGGCCAGUAUGCACAUAAUGAGCGAUCUCAUUCACCUGAAGAAUCAUACAAGCGCUUUUCUCCAGAUAAUUUCCUCCAUACAGAUGAAGUUGUGGCUUUGAUGCAACCUCACUUAGUGCCUCCAAGCAACAGCGAGAAUUUCAGUAACCUGCUCAACCUAUCAAGCAAUGACCAAACCUCACAGCAAAUUGCCGCUCCAUUCCAGCCAUCAAGAACAAACAGCUUUGACUCCAGCUCAUGUGAUCAGCUCAUACAGAAUUUCAUUUCUCAGUUUUCUAGCAACGAAAGAGUUGCGGUGCCAUUGUCCCCACGCAAGUGGGUCAAGAUCAGGGCAGCGCUGAAGCUGGCAUCUGUGGGUAGGCUCUCCAGAGCCUCGAGAAAGGCUUCGCAUCGCCCCCCAGCAAGGCCAAGGCUUGUCCCAAUAGUAUGAGCCUGGUGAAAACAGGUUGUAAAAAAUUUAGAUUAAAGAUCGAUCUUGGUGUUGAUGCAGAAGUUCUAGAGACAUCUGGUCAACUGAAACUAAUGAUUUUGUCAAAAAGUUAGGUGUAUGUAAUCUGUACAUAGUAGAGCCUGCUUGUACUUCAUUUAGUGUUAGUAUUUCCCAGCAGAGGAUUCUGACCUCUUUGUUAUCUCUGAAUUUAGAACCAUGUAAACAAAAAGACCAUGUAAUGUAUUCCUUUUUUGCACCUAAUGAUCCUUGAGAGAAAUUUCCUUUUAAGAAA